AUGAAGCAUCAUGAACAUGAUCAAGGUUACCAUUAUAACCACCAUGAUCACAACGAUUAUGGUCCCCAUAAUGGUCACGACCAUGAUGAUCAUCAUAAUCAUGGUCAAGAUGAUAAUCAUGAUGAUGAUCAUAAUCGUGGUAACGAUGAUGAUCAAGAUCAUGGUCACGAGGAUCAUCAUAGUGGUGACUAUGAUAGGGAGCGUAAUCGUAGUGAUCAUGGUGAUUAUAAUGGUAAAUCAGAUCGAUGUGAUUAUAAUGUGAUUAUGGUUCUUAUGAUGGUAAACUUAAUCGCGGUCAUGAUGGUCACCGUGAUCACGGUUAUGAUGAUGGCCAUGAUCAUUUAUGAUGAUGAUCAUUAUCAUGGUCACGAUGAUAAUCAUUAUCAUGAUGAUAAUGACCAUGAUGGGGUCCAUAAGUUGAGUGAUCAUGGUUCUUAUAAUGGUAAACUUGAUCAUGGUCAUGAUGGUGACCAUGUUAGUUGUCAUAAUGGUCACUAUGAUCGUGGUCAUGAUGGUCAUGAAGGUCACCGUGAUCAUCAUAGUGGUGACUAUGAUAGGGCGCAUAAUUAUGGUGAUAAUAGCAAUUAUAAUCGUGAAUUGGAUCAUUGUGAUCAUAAUGGUAAACUAGAUCAUCAUCAUGACCAUAAUCAAAUUUACCAUUAUAAUCACCAUGAUCACCACGAUUAUGGUCCCCAUAAUGGUCAUUACCAUGAUAAUCAUCAUAAUCAUGGUCAUAAUGAUAAUCAUGGUCAUGGUCACGAUGAUGAUCAAGAUCAUGAUCACGAUGAUCAUCAUGUCGGUGACUGUGAUAGGAAGCAUAAUCGUGGUUAUCAUAGUGAUUAA